AUGUCAAUUAUUACAGACGGUCUCUCGCUUGCAUCAAGAAAAAGCGUUCGAGAUGACUUUACAAAUAAAAUUCCAGAAUUUAAGAAAAAUUUAAAUUCUAUUACAGGAUAUGAUUAUGAAUUUGUUGUGGAUUUUAGUAAAAUUCAUGCUAAUACUAUUAAAGCUGUUCCCGAAAAUAAUGAAUGGAUAACAAAAAGUUUAGGAAAUAUUGCUUUUCAAUAUUUUGAUUCUUUAAUUUCCAAUAUUAGUAGAGUUACCAAAAAUGAUGACUUGGUUCUUUCCAAUUUUGUUAAAAUAACUAACAAUAGAGAAAUUCAUCUUCUUACUGAUCCAGAUAUUCAAGAUAAUUAUAAUGAAGUCUCGAUUACCGAUGGUAAUAUUUAUAUUAAAACACAACCUUGUUAUUACGGUACCAACACUGGAAAUAUUGGUUAUAAUAUUUUAGAAUUAUUGAAAUCUUCAGAUGAAAUAUUACCUUUAAUUACAAAAACGAAUAUUCGCGAUGGUUGGGAGAAACAAACAACUUCACUAAAAAAAUCUCUCAAACAAGUUUUGGGAGAGGAUUAUGAAUUUGUGAUCGAUUGGGAAAAUAUUUAUUUAAAAGCAAUUUCAGCAAAUGAAAAUAACACUAAUUGGUUAUCUUCUAGAUUAGUUAAACCUGAAUCAUUAGGAACAAAUUCAUCUAUUGGCUAUUGUAUUAUUGAUGUGAUUAAAAAUCCGAAUGAAGUUCUUCCUUUAAGAACAAAAAAAAGUAUUCGAGAUGAAUGGGAAAAGGAAAUUCCUAGUCUCAAGAAACAACUUAAUAAGUGUUUGGGUGAAGAUUAUCAAUUUAAAGUAGAUUUUGAUGAAAUUUAUAUGCAGGUCUCUAAAGCAAAUGAAGAUAAUACCGAUUGGUUUUCUAAAAGCUUGGGGAAUAUCACCUUACAAUAUUUCAGUUCAUUGAUUAAAUAUAUAGAAGAUUAUACAAAGAAGGAUGAUUUGAUUCGUCAAGAAUUCUUGGAUUUGACUAAAACAAGAAAUUUCCAUCUUGUAAUGGAUGUUGAUGUCGAAGAUUACCAUGAUGUUAAGAUAAAUGAUGGUGGUUUGUACAUUAUGGUUAAUCCUGCUAGAUUUGGCACUAAUGCAUCGCCUGGUUAUGAUAUAGUUGAAAGACUUCACGCGCCAGAUUCUGUGCUUCCUGUGAUCACCAAAGUAAAUAUUCGCGAUCAAUGGACUAUGAAGAUUCCCACACUAAAAAAAAAACUUAAAGAAGCUGUUCAUGAUGAAAUAGAAUUUGUAGUUGAUUUUGAUAACAUCUUUGAAACUGCAAAGAAAAACUCGGAUGGUGAUGGUAAAUGGGUUACAAAUAAAUUAGGUGAAAUCGUUUUUGCAUAUUUUGAAUCUUUAGUUGCGAAUAUUGUUAAAGAUGAUAUGGUUGGGCAAAUAGAAUCUGAAUUUAGACCGCAUCCAAGUUAUAUUUGUAAGUGUGACGGUGUUCAAAGCAAGAUUUGUAAGGCACCUAGUAUGGCUAUUACAACAGUAUAUCAAAAAAUUUUUCAAACAAAAACCAAUUUUUCAGGGCCAGAAGUUAUGGGUUACGAUAUACCUGAAUUGGAAAAUCAAAUAAUGAAAAGUUUAACUUCACUGGACCUAGAGGGAGAUAGGUUUAGGAAAACGUUUGUUGGUUGUGAUUCAGAUUCUGUUUGGAAUCAAGUUGGUUAUCUAAAACAGUUUAAGGGUUAUCAGCUUUUUGGACUUGAUAAUCAAUACGUUCAAAAUCUUAUUCGGAAUAUUCCUACCUGUUCAUUAUCAGAUUCUUUAGAUAUCAAUGCAUAUAGUAAUAAUAGCAAAUAUCAUAUUUUAUCAAUUAUUGCAAAUGCAUUCUCAUAUGAAGAAAUUAAAGAAAACCUGAAGGUUUCAAAUAAUGCUAUAAUUGCUGCUAAAAAACAUGCACAUGUUUGUGGCCCCGGAG